AUGUCAUAUAAUGCUUAUCAAUUACAGUAAAACUAAUAAGCUGUAAUUGUAAAUCUUUCAGAACCUAUAUCAAGAGAUGGAGGCAAAUAUUUUGCAUAUUAAAUAAAUGGAGAAGAUAGUGAAGGAAAAUUCGAAGUAUUCCGUAGAUAUUCUGAUUUUUAUUUUUUUCGAUAGUUAUUAACUUAAAGAUGGCCAGGAUGUUUUAUUCCUCCUUUGCCCUCUAAAAAGAUAUUAGGAAAUAAAGAUACGAAAUUCCUUGAAGAUAGAAGAAAAUUUCUAAUUUAUUUUAUUGAUAAAAUUUCUUAAUUACCUUACAUUUGGUAUAGUGAAGAAAAUUAUUCUUUUAUUAGAAAUGCAAGUAAUUUAGAUUUCGAAAAAAUAGUCGAAAAAAUGAAAAAACAUACUAUGGAUGAUAUUAUUAAUAAAUAUAAAACAACAUUUAGUUAUUUGAGUGGAAAAGAAAUAAAUUCAGAAUUAUAAAUGAAAAUAACCUAUUUUAAAGGCUUUCUUAAAAACUCCUUGGUUUGUUUAAAAAAAAUGAAAGAAUUUACAAAAAACUUGUAUGAAACAUAAGGAAAAUUCAAUUAAAAUUUUAUUAAUAUAAUAUCAAAUACCCUUCCUUAAUAUGAAAAAUCAAACUUAGCUGAAUUUACUUAAGAUUAGUCCUUAUUUUUAUUUAUAAAUAAAGCAGAUGUUUCAAAAGAAAUAUAAGAUUUAACAUAACAAAAUGAGUUUUAAAUUUUAUAUGAUAUGGUAAGAAUGGAAUUAAAAGAAGCGGAAUCUUUUCUUGAAAUUAUUUAGCAAAAAGAAGAUUAUGAUGAAAAAAUAAAUAAAGCAAAUUUAAAAAUAAAAUCAGAUCAAGAAGAAUUAUCUAAACUUCAAGCAGGAAAAACAACUUUUAAAUCAUUAUUUAGUACUGGAACAAAAGAUGAUAAAAUACAAAAGUUAUAAAAAUUGAUCGAAGAAACACGAAAUGAAUUGGAUAAUUACUAUAUUUUGAUUGAUUUAAUCACUAUUAUAAUUGCUUAUUUGGAAAUUGACAAAUUUAAAAAUGAAAAAUCACACAGAUACUAUAAUGUUAUGAAUAUGCUUUCUAGAUUUUAAUCAAGUUAUAAUUUAAAGGUAAAUAAUUUUUUUAUUAUAUUUUUAUUAAAUUUCAUAGUAAACUGA